AUGAGAUCAGGUGUGAAAGUAAGCCACCAAAAUCGUGUCUUUCCGCCGCAUCCCAUCGAAAUUGGACAACAACCAAUAGUGCAGUACAGCCCGCCAUUAUCUCUCUGGCAGCAUUUCCCAUUUGGAUAUGCUCCGUUGAUUCGUCAUCGACUACCCUCACAAGCAGUACUGGGAUCGUAUCUCACAGCUCCUCAGUGGUACCUACCGCAUCCACAAGCCACGUUUCCGUUUUCUGAGAAUGCUCGGUCAAUUUCUAUAACAUCGCUUCUGAAUGAUCCUGAAGGACUGUCGUACAGUUUUCACCCUAUGUCUAUAAGCGGUGAAUUGGACGUACAUGGAGAAUCACCGACGGCGCUCGCAGAUCUAAUUACACUUCUAGGGCUGCAGUGCUUAGACUCAGUGAAAAUUAAUUGUGCUGAAGUUCGUGAAUUAGACGGGUGCAAGUUGCCUGCCGCAGUUGAGUACUGCCCAAAGACUUGCCAACUUUGUUCACUGCCAGCAACACUCUCAGAAAGUCUGCCACCAUGUAAGGAUGUGGUGGAGACAUGCGAGGAUCUAGCCGAGAACGGCAUGUGUGAGCACCCGUACAGGAACACCAGCUUGGAAAUAACAUAUGCAGUACAUAGUAGUAUUGUUUUUGUCAACAUAUACAUAGCCGUUAUCAUGUUAUCAGUGUAUUAUGCAGAUCUCAGUACUCCUUCUAUUUGGUUCGUUGUCUCGCACUGGGCAUCCACGAAGGUCUUCGGAUUUGUUUUAGCGUUCGGCUCCCUUGCGAGAACUAAGUUAUCCUCAUUGACGUCGUCUAAAGUUGAUGAAGCUGAUCCUUUCUGGAAUCCAGGGGAAGCUAUGGUGUAA